AUGGAAGGGCACGACUUGCGGUCCAGGAUGCAUCGGCCAAUAAAGGAAGAACCCAGUUAUGGAACGGGCAGCCUUGAGAAUGCAACUCGGGACCCAAGCCAAGAGCAGCUGCAUGUGAAGCUCUGUAGUGGGUCCUGCCAUGCCGAGCAGAUCCUCCAGACGCUGAACUCCUAUCGGCAGAGUGGCAUCUUCACGGAUGUGGUGCUCGCAAUUGAUGGGCAGGAGUUCCCUUGCCACCGCGCCACCUUGUCGGCUAACAGCACCUAUUUUCGAGCCAUGUUUGGGGGCCAUCUCAAGGAAGGCCACCAAGACGUUGUUACCAUCCAGAAGAUCUCUGCCUCCAGCAUGAGCCUCCUCCUCGAUUACAUGUACGGGGGAAAUAUCAUCCUCCAGGAAGACAAUGUUGAAGGCAUCUUGGAGCUCUCCGACUUGCUUCAGAUCUCUCAGCUCCGAGAUGCUUGCAUCCGCUUCCUCGAAGGCCAGCUUCACCCCUGCAACUGCUUAGGCAUGAUGAAGUUUGCUGACUCAUUUGCUAUUGCAUCCCUGGCGGAAAAGAGCAAGAGGUUCCUGCUGGAGUGUUUCGUGGAGGUGUCGUCACACGAAGAGUUCCUGGGGCUGAAUGCAAAGGAGCUGGCUGGGUACCUGUCCGACGAGCAGCUGGUGGUCCCCAGGGAGGAGGUGGUCUUUGAGGCAGCCAUGCGAUGGGUACGGCAUGAUGCAGCUGCCAGGAAGGCGGCCUUGAAGGACCUGCUGGAGCACGUGCGCCUCCCUCUGCUGGACCCCACGUACUUCCUGGAGAAGGUCGAGACGGAUGAACUCAUUCAGGACUCCAGAGAGUGCAUCCCUUUGCUACAUGAGGCGCGCAAGUACUACAUCCUUGGGAAUGAGGUUGGCUCCCUGCGGUCCAGGCCGAGGAGGUUCAUGGACUUAGCAGAGGUCAUCGUCGUUAUUGGGGGCUGCGACAAGAAAGGCCUCCUGAAGCUCCCUUUCACCGACAUGUACCACCCCAAGAGCAGGCAGUGGACGGCGCUGUCCAGUCUGCCCGGAUAUACCAAGUCGGAGUUUGCUGCCUGCGCCCUGAAGAAUGAUGUGUACAUAUCAGGAGGGCACAUCAACAGCAGUGAUGUCUGGGUGCUCAGCUCCCAGCUCAACGUGUGGAUCAAAGUCGCCUGCUUGCAGAAAGGCAGGUGGAGGCACAAAAUGGCAACUCUUCAGGGAAAGAUCUAUGCCGUCGGUGGGUUUGAUGGCAUUUACCGCCUCUCCAGCGUUGAAUGCUAUGAUACUUUCUCCAAUCGUUGGUCAAUUUUGGCACCUUUGCCCCAAGCGGUGAGCUCAGCAGCCGUCGUCCCCUGUCUCAACAAGCUAUAUGUGCUCGGGGGUGCUGUCGAUGACAGUGUGAACUCAGACAAGGUCCAGUGUUACGAUCCUGCAGAAAACAAGUGGACGCUCCUGUCUCCCACCCCCUUCUCUCAGAGGUGUAUUAAUGCCGUGUCUUUGGACAACAGGAUUUACAUUGUGGGUGGGCUCCUGAAUAAAAUCUUCUGCUAUGACCCCAAGGAAGACACCUGGAAGGAAGCGGCUGCUCUCCCGGGACCUCUGGAGAGCUGUGGUGUGACGGUUUGCGGUGGCAAGAUCUACAUCCUGGGAGGCCGGGAUGAAAACGGGGAGGGCACCGACAAGGCCUUCACCUUUGACCCAGCCACGGGGCAAGUGGAGCAGCAGCCCCCGCUGCAGCGCUGCACCAGUUACCACGGCUGUGUCACCCUCCUCCAGCGCAUCAGCAGAUGA